UCCUUUUGGUGCUUUGAACAAAAGCCGUAAGGCCUCUAACAGUUCGGGCAGGCGCUCAAAAUAGCUACACUUUGAUCACUUUUUUCCUUUCACGAACGCACACAAAUGCCAUCUCUCUCUCUCUCUCUCUGUGAAAAUCGUUUUUCGCAGAAUUGAGGCUCUCAGCAGCAUAUACGACUGUCAAAAUGAAUCUUAGGCCGAGGCAGAGACAACCCUUUUCCGGGUUCACUAAAGCCGAGCAGGUUGAGAAAAUGGAGCAAUUAAUUAUGGAGUCUAAUGAACAAGCUCUAGACGAGGAUUUCUUUAAGAGACUGGCAAGAGUUUUCAAUCGUUCCAGUAAUCGAGCUGGAAAACCUAUUUUGAAGUGGACUGAGAUCCAAAGUUGGUUUCAGAAGGAGCAACAAAAACGGCCAGAACAGACUUCAUUGGAUGCAGCCGAGAUAUUUCCUGUUGUCCCAGAAGCUCUUACCCAGAAUAAAACAACUGAAAAUCUAAAAAUGCCUGAAGGAGAAAAGGGUCAAGAUAUAUCCAGGUUGGAGUUUGAAGCUAGGUCAUCGAAAGAUGGGGCAUGGUAUGACGUUGAUACAUUUCUGUCCCACAGAUUUCUGCGUUCUGGAGAUAUUGAAGUUUAUGUAAGAUAUGUCGGGUUUGGAGCGGAGGAAGAUGAAUGGGUUAAUGUGAGAAACGACGUGAGGGAACGGUCUGUUGCUUUCGAGCAUUCAGAAUGCCAGAAGGUGAAGGCUGGGGAUCUAGUAGUGUGCUUCCAGGAAAGACAAGAUCAAGCAAGAUACUACGAUGCGCAUGUCAUAGAUAUCCAAAGGAGAUUGCAUGACAUAAGAGGCUGCAGAUGUCUUUUCUUGAUCAGAUACGAUCAUGAUAAUGCACAGGAGAGAGUGCCUUUGAGGCGAUUAUGCUGCCGGCCAAACAUGUUAGCGCAGUUGGAGAAUAAUUAGCGUACAGAAUAUGAGCUUCUGAUGCACAUAAUAGGGCCUUGGGGGGAUGCCGAGAUCAUCUUGUGCCUUCGACCUCUUAAGUUUUCGUUUUCCUUUUAAUUAUAUAGCCAGUAAUCAUUUGCUGCUGUGUGCACUGGUAAGCGAUUGCUUAGAACUGAUCUUUCUGGAGAAACUGCACCUGAGAGCAUCCUUGUGAAUGAUGAUUGAUAUUUAUAGUAGAUUAUAUUAA